CUAGUGCUACUAGCAGCAGCACUGAUAUUAAACACACUGAACUGUGUGCACAAAAAGCUCGGUGUGCCUCGACCGUUACUUUAAAGUUGCAAGCAAAUCCAACCACCUACGACACCGGGAGAUUGAGGACACCAUAUUUUGAGUGUUUUUACGUCGAACUGCUGAAGCAGGUACCAGCCAUGGCGCGUGGGCACCAGAAGCUCCAGUCGCAGCAGAAGAACGCCAAGAAGCAGGCGGAGGCGAAGAAGAGCAAAGGGCACGACCAGAAGACAGCCGCCAAGGCUGCCCUCGUCUACACAUGCACCGUGUGUCGGACGCAGAUGCCAGAUCCAAAGACGUUCAAGCAGCACUUCGAGAGCAAGCAUCCCAAGUGUCCGCUGCCACCAGAGUUGGCUGACGUGGAGGCAUAGUAGGGCAGGUCCCCUUGUCAUGUUGGCCUCAGAGGGCCUGCCACCUCUCCCAGACCGCCUUUUGUGGAAUACCUUCCUCCCUCUUUUCAGGACGGGCGCUGCUGCUAACUAUACCUCGGGAGCCUGGCAGCAGUGCCUCAUGGCCACGUUAACACAGUGACAAUAACGAUGACGACGACGACGACGACGAUGAUGAUGAUGAUGAUGAUGAACUCUCAGAGAUUUGAUGAAUAUCAUAAUGUACAUCACACACUUUGAACACGAUCGACAUUUUGUGCGUACUACUCAUGCCACUAGCCAAGAGAGCUUGGGGACAAAUUGGCAACUGAAUCUGCCUCUUUUGUUGAAAAUAUUUGUAGAAAUGUUUGCCCCUUUUGUUUUUUAAACAGUAUCACCGAUUUGUGUUAUUACUUUUUUGUUUCUAUUUCCUUUUAGAUUUUUUUCCCUCUCAAUUCCGUUGACUGAUUCCAAGGUACAUCUUCAUGUUGUGUUGUAUGUUGUGCUUGAGGAAGGUGCACCAUGAUUUUGAGAAGCAAAAGUGUGCUGUUUUUUUGUUUGUUUGUUUUCCUUUUCUUCAGUGCCCACGUACAUUGUUCAUAAAAUAUAUUGAAGUAUUUUUUGCCAGCUACAUUCUAAAACUGAAUAUUUACAUUUUAUGCAAAACUUUGUGAAUAUGUGCAUACACCCAGGUUUUACACUUAAAUUUUAUUGAACUUGGCCGUGAUCACAAUUUUAUUGUAUUCAUAUAUUUGGUACGUGUCCAUUUCCAUUAGCGUUAACAUUCCUGCAUUACUAUGUUUUGGGUAUACUGGUGUUGACAUCAUUGCAUUUUGUAUCAAAUUGAACUUGGGUCACAAUCACCAAAGGGGUUUUUUUUUUUUUACAAAAAGCUUCUGUUUUGUGUCUGUACGUAAUCUUCCACCAUGUACUUUUUAAAUCGAGGUAAUUUGUUUUCUUGUGUUAGUUCCUCAACGUACUGGAUUACUGGCCAUAGUUGAGGACGUUGGUGUUUUUGUCAUCAUUGCACUAGUAAAUCGAUCUACUGUAAUUGUCACGUGUGAAAUGGCACUGUUUGCCCAUUGGACUGACAUGUCUAACUGGCAGUGGUUAUCCAUCCCAUAACUAUGAACCUCUGGUGUAUUAUAACAAUUUAAUAAAGUGUUACUUUGAUAAGUGUUUCAGUA